CCCCGGCACGGAGUCGGCUGCAGCCCGCUGCCUGGAGGGAGGGGCGGGAGGGGAGGCCAGGCUGGUAGAGUCCCGCUCGGGCGCACCGGCCUCCUCUCGGGCACCACGCGCUCCGGGGUCGCCGGCUUCCCGGCCCCCCACCGCCCCGGCGAUGCUCAGCUCUGGGUGACCAGACCGCUGUCUCCGCGGAGGUAAAAAGCCUGGGCAUGUGACAGCUUAGGCGGCCGCCUCCGAGACGCAGCCCAGCGCCCUCCUCUCCGCCACACCGUCUCCACGUAGGCGCACUGGCAGGAGGUCGGGGCCAGCUUCAUAGACAAUCCCCAGGAGCCCUGCCACCAGCAGAGGCUGCAGACAUCGGAGUGGCUCGGGCGCAGGGGCCACCGUCCGUCUUCCUGAGCUCCCCCUCCGCACAGCCCUGCGCCUCCUGCCCCAGAGAUGGAUGCGCCGGUGAACCUAACCUACGCUUCCCUCUCCACCCCCGCCCUGUGGGAGAGCAACCGCAGCAGCCUGGGCGCCUCCGCAGACUCCCGCCCCAGCGCCCUCCUCUCCGUCUUCGGGGUGCUUGUUCUGACCUUGCUGGGCUUUCUGGUGGCCGCGACCUUCUCCUGGAACCUGCUGGUGCUGGCCACCAUUCUCCGCGUGCGCACCUUCCACCGCGUUCCGCACAACCUAGUGGCGUCCAUGGCCAUCUCGGAUGUGCUGGUGGCAGCUCUGGUCAUGCCCCUGAGCCUGGUGCACGAGCUGUCCGGGCGCCGCUGGCAGCUGGGCCGGCGGCUGUGCCAGUUGUGGAUCGCGUGUGACGUGCUCUGCUGCACGGCCAGCAUCUGGAACGUGACGGCCAUCGCGCUGGACCGCUACUGGUCCAUCGCCCGCCACCUGGAAUACACCCUGCGCACCCGCAGGCGCGUCUCCAACGUCAUGAUCGCGCUCACCUGGGCGCUCUCGGCCGUCAUCUCCCUGGCCCCGCUGCUCUUCGGCUGGGGGGAGACCUACUCCGAGGGCAGCGAGGAGUGCCAGGUGAGCCGCGAGCCCUCCUACACCGUGUUCUCCACCGUGGGCGCCUUCUACCUGCCGCUCUGCGUGGUGCUCUUCGUGUACUGGAAGAUCUACAAGGCGGCCAGGUUCCGCGUGGGCUCCAGGAGGACCAACAGCGUCUGGCCCAUAUCGGACACCGUGGAGGCGAAGACCUCUACGCCACAGCCUGAGAUGGUGUUCACGGUCCGCCACACCACCGUCACCUUCCAGACAGAAGGGGACACCUGGAGGGAACAGAAGGAGCAGAGAGCAGCCCUGAUGGUGGGCAUUCUCAUUGGGGUGUUUGCGCUCUGCUGGACCCCCUUCUUCACCGCGGAGCUCGUCAGCCCCCUGUGCUCCUGCGACGUCCCCGCCAUCUGGAAGAGUGUCUUCCUUUGGCUUGGCUACUCCAACUCCUUCUUUAACCCCCUGAUCUAUACGGCUUUCAACAAGAACUACAACAGCGCCUUCAAGAACUUCUUUUCUAAGCAACACUGAGCUUGAGGCCCGGGGAUAAGAAGGAGCGAUCCCGUAACUCAGCGAAAUUUCCAAUUCUAUCUACUUCCACAUAAAUACGCAGCACCACAUGGAAGAGGCAAGUGCUUGGAGUUCUCUGAGGUCGUCUCCAGAACUAGCCCUCUCUUCCACACGCCCAGGCAGGAAUGGGGGUCUUCACAGGAGGUUUUGGUGACCUUAUUGACCUAACUUACCUGUCACUGCUCACUCUGCACCUACCGGCCACGGACCUUGCCCAUGAAGUGCCCUUUCCUCCCCCAGAUUCACUCCAGUGUGGUCACCGUCCUGCCUCAGAGAAGUCAAACAAAGCAGAUGAGAGGGAGGAAGUAAAGCAACAUGGACAGGUUGAGAAUGGACAGAAAACGAUGAGUUAAAGUCAUCAGGGGGACAUCCGAGGGGUAGGAAACUAUAGUUCCAAGUUUUGUGGAAUAGUCCUUAUUUUGAACAUUCCGUUCUGUGGUCUUGGUAAGGACACCUCGUCCUUACGGUGUUUGUCCCAGUGUUUGGCCAUCAAAUAUUGUCUCAAUGUAUUAGAGUACAGAGCCACAGCUACUAGACCAGUGAAUAUUGGCUUUAAGGCUUUGUUUGUGGUAGACACGUGCACACGCGUGCACACACACACACACACACACACUCAACUCUGGAGGAGGUGAAUGUUCCAAUUAGCCAGUUUAUUCUAAAAUUCAACCCAUUAACUUGGAGCAGGGGCUAAAAGUCACACCAAAUAUCCCCCACCAUUCUGAGGCAACUGUACACAAACAAUAGAAAAAUCAAUCGGUUUUGUAGAAUCUGUCAAACAUGCUUCUUUUCUAUGGGUUUCAUUUGUAUAGAGUUUAUUCAAAUGUGGCAGGACAAGGACCUUUAUCCCUGGAUCAUGAGGUUAGAGGAAACCGGUUGUUAUGAAGUUGGUGGCUUCUUAAAGUUUCAUAACCAACGACUGUGAAGGCACAUUUACCAAACAUGUACACUUCACAGGGACGGCUGGGUAAUUUGCUAUUUUUUAUUGGUGUGGGAAUGCCGGUUAGGAGGCCAACACUAGUAACUAAUGAGAAAGGCAGAAACGGGACAAAAUGUGGCCGUGGUCCUCUGCAGAUUGACACCUCCAUAUAAGUGAGUCGAGACAUUAAGUGACAACGCAGUGUUUCUAUGAUCAUAUAAAGCCUAGGCCAUGACACAAAACUUUAAGAAGAUCUCGGGCAAUAAAACUGCCCACGGUCCACUAUGUCCCUGAUUCUUCGAAUGCAUGAAUUCAAAAACUAUAUCAUAAUAAUCUUUGAUUAUUAUAAUAAAUAUAUAUGUAUUCUUUUGUAUAUAAUAAAUUAUAUUAA